UCUAGCUUUUGUCGCUUGACUUUGACACUGAUCGCGAUUGCGAUCGCUCCCCCAAUUCCACCCGAAAUCCAAAAUCUGUAUAAAUAUGCGGAGCACACUCCAUCGAUCGAUCAGACAGUGUUUUGAGUUGGCGUUGGUCAGCAGCGAUACGAUUAGUGGAGUGAAUUUUGACAAGGAUAAGGACUUGGAUCAUGGAGCGAGGAGUGCUGCUGGUGCUCCUUUUGGUGGCCUGCAGGCGAAUUGAAGCAGCCACCCAUGUGAACAUCUCGAUUGCCCAGCAACCGGCCACUAAUCCGGCGGAUGUCAAAUAUGUAGAGGGUCGGGCGCCGGCGGAACUGAGAGCUGGUCCUGAAAGGGAUGGGGAGCAGUCAUUCCAACGCAUUCAGGAGCGACCACAGCUCCAGCUGCAGCAGCAAUUGCAACCCCAGCAACAGCAGCAACAUCAGCAGCAACAGGUGGUGCAAACGCAGCAGCAACAACAGCAACCGCAGCAGCAACUGACUCCCCGCCAAGGAUUGGGCCUCCAGCCUCCAAAUCAAGGGGUUCUCCAGCCCCCAGUCACCAAGAACGGACGCCUGCCCCGUCGCCGUGGCCAUGGAAGACGUCCCUCCAUCGUUCAGCAGCCGCCCAGUCCUCACAGUGGCCAGUUCCGGCAAAGGAACCAGCAGCUCCGCCAGAACCAGGAGUUCGAGCGCUACAUCCAAUCCUAUCACAGCCAUGGACCGACUGUUGAGACGGUCUACGAAUCCUCCAAUCCUGCUCCUCAGCGCUACACCCAGUCCAGUUCUGGUGUGACCUCCUCGGUGGAUGAUUCUGCUCCGCAAAAGGUGGUUUCCAUCGGAGGCAGCCGCUCCCAGCAGCUCCGCAUGUUUGAGCGCCAGGUGGCUGCUCCCGUUCCUGCCAAGGUUCAGGCUGGUGCCAAUGUGGAGGUGGUCCAGGACAGUAAGCCCAUUUACGAGCCUCAGCCAGCUCCCGUUCAAACGGCUAGUAUUGCCCCGCCCGUGAGUUCCAGUGCCUCAUCCUCAUCCUCCUCCUCCUCGUCGGCAGCUCCUAGUUCCCCGGUUCCAGCACCCACCUCCCAGCCCUCUGAGCCGGCUUCGGGCUACGAUACCUCAUCUCUGUUUAAUCCUGCCACCAGUUACAAUCGUCCUAGCUAUGAUCCCAGUGGCUACAACUACGAAGACGCUCAGGAGGUGGACUAUCAGGAUCAGUAUCCCCCAGAGGUCAGUGAUGACCAGGGAUACGAGGACUAUGGCGAGCAGUCGGGCUACCAAGGAGGUUCUGGCUACUUGCCGCCGGCUCCCCCGAGGAGUUACACUCCUCCGCAGCGCCCGCUGGUCACCAAAACGAUCCAGAUUGUUCAGCCUGCUCUGAAGGCCAAGAAGUACGAAGUCCGUCAUCCGGCCAUCCAGAAGGAGUUCUACGACAUCGAAGAGCGGGUGGUAAUCAAGCCAGCCGGUACCCUGGUGGUGGAGCUGGAGCACCCUGUUGCCAAGAUUCCCAAGGGUGAGACUCUGCUGCCCCUAGGACAUCCCCAUCCGGCGGUGGCUUCUGCCUAUAGCAACAACAAUGGUCAGAUCCAGACCCAGAGUUACAACAACAAUGUCCCGGAGUACAGGCCCUCCUAUGAGGCUCCACCAGCUGUCAAGGACCAGCAGGCAACUACUAUUGGAUCCAGCGUGACCACCAUGCCUUCCUACGACCAGGCGCCCAAGGAUGACUUCGUAGAGGCCCGACUGCAGCAGCAGAAGCCUGGGGGCGAUGUCACUGACGGUCGCCCGAGCAGCUCCUCCUCAUCCUCCACCUCCUCGGUUUCGGCAGUGGAUGGAAAUGGAAACUCCAUCAAAAUCAACGCCAAGCACCUGACCCCCAACAUGAUCCAGCGAGCGGAGCCGGAACAGGAUUACCCCAGACAGGGUGGCCAGAGGGUCUAUCAACAGAGGAACAAUUUUAAUCGCCAGCCAUACAACGAGGACGAUGACUACUUCUCCGGGGAGUACCUGCCUAAUGUGAAUGCCGGCAGUGUGGAUGCCAAGCCAGCGCGUCUGGAACUGGCCGAGAAGGAGGAACGAGCCACUCAAAUCAUUAAGCACGAGCACAAGAUCCAUCUGCCCCCGUCGCAGCACAACAUUUACCUGGGACGCAACCGUCAGACUCCUCUGAAAGAAAGAAGAAUCCAGGAGGUACCCGCUCAGGUGAGCGAAAUAAAACCGUAUCUUAGGAACCACGAAGGACCCACAGUUGUGUAUGCCAAGGUACCUGCCAACAGGGCCUUCUACUCUCAGUCGUCGCGAUCGAGGAGUCCUUUGGCCGAGGACUUGGAGUACAGCGCUCCCUAUUCCCAAAUGCGCUUCAGCCCAGAGAACCAAUCUUCCAGAUUGGUGGAAGCCCCAAAAGAGGAGGUCAAGAAGGAGAAGGAGUCCCAGAACACACACAUCCAAAUCCAAAUAGGCAGCGAACCGGAAAAGCCUCUAAUGGUGGCCACCACCGCAGUCCCAGAUUGCGACAAGGGUCAGCAGCGUUUGGAGAAAUCUCAGCGUCUGGUUGAGGUACCGAAAUCCGAAGUGACCGCCACCCAGCCCACUCCCACGCAGUCCCAGGCGCAGCCUGAUGUAGAUGUGGCCCUUAACGGAGCAGCCGGUCACUUGAAGCCCAACGAGCGAGUUAUUGCUGCCACUGCUGCUCCCACAGACGCGGCGGCCACCAGUGAAACCUUCCACAAACGACGCAUCGUAGUGAAUCAUCCAUUCCAAACCGUGCGAGAGGUGGUUGAGCAUGAACCAAUCACCAACUACCACCAGAUCCAGGUGAAUGAACCGGCGCCGCCCUCGCUGUACCAUCAGGCCUACUACCAACCGGCCCAGCACACUCACGGGAGUCUGGUUCACUACCAAACCACAUCCACCCAUGGCAAUCUCUAUGCUCCAUACGGAUAGAAUGGAAUCUGGGUUGCCUCCGAGCUCUAACGGCCAACGAAUACGACCAAUGCAUUUUCAUUGUUAAUUAAUUGCUAUUUGUUAUGUUAUUUCUAAUUGAU